ACAAAUUGCGUCGCCAUUUUCUGAAAACAUUUCAGGACGACACAAGUCAAGCACAAAAGUUUUAUUCUUUAACUUAUUCAAUAAAAAAAAAAAAAAAAAACCAAUCUAAACAAUGACUGGACGCGGUAAAGGUGGAAAAGGUUUAGGCAAAGGAGGCGCUAAGCGUCACAGGAAGGUUUUGCGUGAUAACAUUCAGGGUAUAACAAAGCCUGCAAUUCGUCGUCUCGCUCGUCGUGGCGGUGUCAAGCGUAUAUCUGGGCUAAUUUAUGAGGAAACUCGUGGUGUUUUGAAGGUGUUCCUUGAAAACGUUAUUCGUGAUGCAGUUACUUACACUGAACACGCUAAGCGCAAGACAGUUACAGCUAUGGACGUAGUUUAUGCCUUGAAGCGCCAGGGACGUACUUUGUACGGUUUUGGUGGCUAAGCUGCUUCAAUUUUUGAAUUAAAAAUAA